GAAACUUAUUGCAAUAGAUAUUCCAAGAUAGAAUCUCUAACCCUGCAGUCAGCUGUUGUUUGAAAUUUUUUGUUGCUAUUUGUUGUUGUGGAAUUUUGUUUUGUACGGAAAGCUAUUUCUCCGGUUGUACAGUGCAAUUGCAAUAACAAUAUGUACGAUAUAAAUCAGAAAACAAUUUUCGUUUUGGAUCAUACCCAGUAUUUCAGCAUAUCCAGUGAGGACUACAUACCGCUAGACUUCCUAAAGGGAAAGGCCACAAAUCCAUCAGAGCCAUCGGUACCGAGUGGAUCGCAGCCCGGCUUACAAUUCAGCAAAAGUUUAUGGACUUCAUCGGUAGAAUCAUCCAUUGAAUAUUGCAGAAUAGUUUGGGAUUUGUUUCCACGCGGUAAACUAAUAAGAUUCAUAGUCAGUGAUACUGCAGCACACAUAGUGAACACAUGGAAGUUUGCCACACAAAACAUGUCACAUGUAUUGAAUGCUAUGGCUUUGGUGGGAGUGCCGCAGCGCAAUACACCACAAUCUUCGGAUUAUUCAGUAAUACACGGACUUAGGGCAGCCAUAGAGGCAUUAGCCGAACCUACAGAGCACCAAAUCAAUCUAAUACAGGCACAGGAAUUAUCAGCGAAUAAUGAGAAGAUACCUAAUAAGGGCCGAGUCAUAUGUAUAACAUCUGCCAGAGAUAACCCUAGCAUGAAAAGUUUAGAAGACAUUUUCCACAAUGUACUGGUACAACAAAACACAUUGGCUUUGGCGCAAAAGAAACUCCUUACAAUAGAUCAUUGCCAUUUGGUUAUCAUAAAUAUGGUACCCAUGAACAUAGAGUCGCUCGUUACAAAUAGGCAUAAAAUGGAACUGUCCCCUUGUUUGUCAACUGAAAUACAUACCACAUGUGCCCCGGAUAUAUCAAAUAAGCUAACACAUUUAAUAAUGAGUCAUUACGAUUUGGCCAGCACAACGGUAACAGGAAUACCAAUGAAGGAAGAGCAAAAUGCAAACUCCAGUGCAAAUUAUGAUGUUGAAAUUCUACAUGCCAGAAAUGCUCAUACAGCUAUUUGUGGAAAUGAGGCACUUCUUCCCACAAGCAUUAAAGAAGGCGCAGAAUAUGAAACAGUUACUUUGAAGUGGUGUACACCUCGGGGCUGUGGUGCAUCAGAUAUGUCAGCUUGCCCACCAUGCCUGGCUCAACACCGUGUUACACCGGUUGAUGUUACAAGCAGACCUUCAUCUUGUCUGAUUAACUUUUUGCUUAACGGACGUUCUGUUUUGCUGGAAAUGCCAAGGAAAACCGGUGGUAAAACUACUAGCCAUUUGUUAUCUGCGAGAGGAGGUGAAAUUUUUAUACAUGCCUUACAAAUUACUCGAUCGUGUCUGGAGGAUCCCCCCUCAAUUUCAGAGGGGCCUGGUGGACGUAUUACCGAUUAUCGAAUUCCGGAUUUUGCAGCACUCAUAAAAUCACAUCGUUUGUUACCAUUAAAAACAAAAACUAAACCUGAAGAAAAUCUUCAAUUCGCCCGGGAAAGGCUGUAUAACAGAUCACUGUACUUUCCUUUAACAAUGACCACAACAAUUGUGUUUAACUUACAACGUUCUCUUCCUUGGCUACCCAAUUUUCUGCGUAAAAUUGCAAAGGAUGACAUGGAUAAAACGGACGAAAUGCAGUGCCAACAAAAUAUAUACGAACUGUACACAGCCGCAUCCACAAGAAGAGAAUUGCUGCCUUUUACAAACAUGAGUGCCAAUAGAUUAAAAGGCCAUAAAAAGGUUGAUCAGUAUAAAUUGUUUUGUGCUGAGUUAGAAGUUCUUAUCAAAAGUUGUGCCAAAACUCCCCACCAUAAAGCUAUAUUGGAGAGUAUACAAAAUGUGCGGGCGGCCUGUGGUGAUGCGGCGAUUAAAUCGGAAUUGGAUGGAACACGCGAUGCCGUUGGCAAAUCGAUAAUAAGAGCCACAACAGACUCACCUCUAUCUCCACCUCAUUCCAUGGAUACGUCAAGUGCCGGCUCCAGUCAUCUUUUGAAAGCUGCAAAACGUAAUUUUGCCAAUGUGGGCCGGUCACUUUUUGAUAUUGUGACCAGUGCUGAACGAUCGCAAUCGAGUAAACGCCCCGAUUUCUCUGGGCGGUUAUGUACACCCGUGGGUCAGGUAGCAAAAUUAUAUCCAGAAUUUGGCUUAAAGGAAGCCGAAGGUUCUGCUGCUGCAACACCGGUCAAAGAUGAAAAUUUACCAAUAAAAUUAGAAGUACCCGGUAUUAGAACAUAAUUUAUUACUUUCGUCUUGUAUGUAUGCACGAGUAUGAAUUUUAAUAAAUUUUAUUAUGUCGUACACAAAAAAAGAAACCUUUCAAAUUUUCUUUCUCUAACCAUCCAAAUUUUCCUUUAAAAUUAUUCUUCUUUUUUUCAAAAUUAAAAUACCCCAAUAAUAUGUCCGGCAAUCCUUUGGUCAAAAAAUUUGUUCAAAUCACAGAAGAAUCUCUGCCUCCUGUAUAUGCCCAAUUUAUAGUUGGUAACAAUUCCUAUGUUUUAAUGCAGCAGGAUAUACGUAAAAUUGAAGAUACACGUUUCUUAGCCGUUAGCAAAUUGCUUCCAAAUGGGGAUUUUAUGCCAAUUGAUGGCGCUGCAGUUGACUUAUUACUGCAGCUUAUGAGAAUGAGAAAUUUGAAUAUAAUCCUUAAUCAUGAUGAACCAAUGGAUGUAUCACCACCUUCAAAGUAUUGCAUAGAACAACAAUUGAAAUGGGAUAAAUGUACCAACACUUCGUUUCCCUUUCCCUUUACAUACUCUCGUGCUACAUCAACCACCGACCUACCGAGGAUUUGCUUGCAACAAUCAGAAAAUACAUCUACGAGGUGUGAAAACUGUUCAUUUCAAUGCGAAAAUCAUAAAACGCCGAAAAAAAUAUCAUUUGGAUGCGGUACCACCAACAAUGAGCCCUUGGGAGCCAGAGAGCAACUUAAGCAUAAGAAAAUGCAAACUUACCAAUUAAAUUAACAAAAGUUGUUUGCAUAAAAUCUAUUCAAUUAAGUUUUUUUUAUACAAAAAAUAAGUCUUAUACAUUACAAGUACUAUAACUAAAAUAAUUGUUCCUAAUACUAA